AUGAUUAACAAUACUAAGGAGAGCACCGAUCUGUGUACCCCUGAACAAGACAACUGGGUGCAAUGUGAUCGGUGUGAAAAAUGGAGGAAGCUUCCCGCCUACAUUGACAUGAACAACUUGCCCAAAAUAUGGUACUGCAAUUUGAAUAUGGACACCAGGUAUAAUUCUUGUGAUGUAGAAGAGGAAGUAGCUACUAACAAUUCAGAUUUGGGAAAACACUUCCUUGCAGGGCACCUCAAUUUUGCCCAUGUUGCUGCUAAUAUGGAAAGGGGUCUACACGCAGACGGUGCUAUUCUUGCCGAAGGACGCAGCAACGGGGUUACUGCCAUCGACCCCAGUGCUCGCGCUCAUCAUAUGGAGGAACAUUUUUCAGUGGGGGAAGAAUCCUUCCACCCGAGUAGUUCCCACGCCGAUGUUCCUAAGGCGUAUGAUGAGCCCAACGCAUUUGUGAUCAAGGGAUCCCACCAUAGUAACGCCAUCCGUAGUAGUAGUAACCAUGUCAGCAGUAACCAUUACAGUGAUGGCAAAUUUUUCUCGUCCCUCCCCGAAAAGGAGGUUCCCCUACAUGGGAAAAAUAUUCCCCCGGUGGCACUGCGCAACCCUGGUGCGUUCGCGUUUGGCAGCUCUGAAGAUGUGAGCGGCCCUGACUGUGAAGGCAAAAAUGCCCAUAUGGGAAGUAACGAUAAACGUGUGGACGGCCAUCUCGGCAUGCACACCAUACAGGUCAGCACAAACACGAAAGAGCAGCGCGAAAAAGAAGGCACGAUGUUGCCGAAGAAGCCGCUCAAGCGGGAGGAAGGGGAAAAGGGAAGUGGAAACCCAAGGGGGAGCAACGCAAAUCGCGGCGUGGCCCCCGUCCCCAACCAUGUUAAUGUUAAUGCUAAUGUGAAUGGCAGUUAUUUGAAGCAGGCUAAGGGGGAAGACCGACAGCGCCCCCCCGGCGGCAAGCCAGGGAACGGCGCCCCGAAUGUAGCCACGAAAAAUGGGAAGAAGAAAAAUAAGGACACCAAUAAGGGCGCCAAUAAGGAUACCAAUAAGGGUGCCAAUAAGGAUACCAAUAAGGGUGCCAAUAAGGAUACCACUAAAGGCACCAAUAAAGGCACCACUAAGGGCACUAGUAAAGGCGCUAAUAAGAAUGCCUACAAAAAUGCCACUACGAAAAGGCGGAAGGACCUGCUAGCGAGGCACAAACGAAGCAACAGUGAUGGGGAGGUAUAUGAGAGCCAAAGACGCAGAGAGGAGUGCCCCCUGCACAGGAUGCACGCGAGCGACACGGAUAUGAACGCAGCGAGGAAGGUAAAUAGGUACAAGAAUUUUAAAAAGAAUGUAGGCAGUGGUGCCACCCCCUUUUAUUCCUUUAUGCACUCUAUAGUUAACAUAAACUUGAAAUAUAAAGUUAAGAAGCCUUCGGGGAAGGAAAAAAAUAAAAAGAGGGGAGAAGAAGAUCCCCCGAGGGGAAUUUCGACCUGCGAAGUGAAGGAGAAAACGGAAGGUAUCGGUGGCGAUGGUGAUGAGAACCGGGCUAACGCGCCAACAGAUAAAAAAAGUGCUAAGAAAAAAAAAAAAAAAAAUGGCGACACAGAUCAGGGGGCAGCCAGCAGCAACGUGGAGAGGAAGAAAACGCAGAAGAAGAAAAACGACCGCGCGAAUGGUCAAGCGGAUGGCCAACCGAAUGGACAACCGAAUGGUCAGGCGAAUCCCCAGCUGAAGGAUGACCCGCACAGCGCUGUUAACCGGAAUAGGGGGGUGCCACACGAGGGAGGUAGCCUCCAGAAUGAUAACUCGGAGAAGGCGAAUCGCCGCUUCAUCAAAGGUGAAGAGGAAGCAGAAGAGAGGAGCCACCUACACAAUGGGGUUCUCUCCCACACGAACGUCCCUCAGAAUUACAUGAGCGUGCCAAGCAAGUCGCCCGAUUUAGGAAAAAACAACACACCCAAGAAGGAACACCACGAUGCACACUUUGGGAGUGCCCCUUCGAAUGACCAAGCAUGUUACACCUUCCAGGCCGAACCGAAUAAUGUCGUCGCGAGGGAUGCAGGUAACUCCGCCGGGGGAGUACACCCAAGCAGUAGCGGCAGUCAGGCGGUGAACGGAAGCAACACGCCCAUCGCCGCCAAGGCCGCCAACUCGCCCAAUGCCGCCAACUCGCCCAACGUCGCUAACUCCGCCAAUGUAGUUAACUGGGUCCAGUGUGAGAGCUGCAAAAAGUGGCGAAAGGUCGACGCACACAUCAACAUCAGCCUGCUGCCGGACGAGUGGUAUUGCUCGCUUAACUUCUGGAGCAGAUACAACAGCUGCAGUGUGGAGGAGGAAAUAUACGUUGAGGAAAAUUUAAACUCAGAAUUAGAGCCCAGCUUCAACCAAGCACAACAACAGGGGGUAGCUGUGGAGGAGGAAAGCAUCCCCCUUCUGGAAGGCCCCCCAAAAGUGGACAAAAAGGGCAAGCGAAAUGAAAAGAACCAACUGAGCGAACGGACUAGCAAGAAGGAUCAUCCCACAAAGGGGAGUGCUCUGCAAUUCUCAGAAAAAAUUAACCAAGCAGGGAAAGGAAAGGCAAAUAAAAAGAACCGAAAUGGGAACAACCUCAUCAUUAGCAAUGGUGACGUAACCAAAACGAGAGAAAAAAAAAACACCUUGCCGAGUAAGGCAAAUAAAAAGGCAGCCAAAGGAGACGAUUCUUUUGUAGAAAAUGUGGUAAGCAGCAAUUUGGGUCAUUUCCAUAGUAACCGCUUCAACGAAUAUAUGACGAAUGGAAGGGACAGUGCUGCCCGGUUAAGUGGCGAACAUGAACUUCUGGACGCUCUAAGGACAGACCAGUUUUAUAACCCCAUGCUUAAGGACAGUUAUAAUAUGCCAUUGAGCUGUCUCGAUGUGGGUUCUCCCCCUUUCGGAACAAGCGGGGCAGAGUACAAUUCCGCCAGCGGUGGUGACAUGCUAGUGGGCUUUGGGAAAAGGGCCGAGACGCAGGGAGGGAAGGAAGCGAAGGGAGCGAAGGAACAACUGUUUAAUGGCUUGCCGCGCGCAGCGUCGGGGUCGCAUAAUAGAGACACCCGAGUGAGUUCGAAAAGGGGGAAAUCUUAUAAAAGAGAACCGCAAAGUAGCAGUAGCUUCCUCGUGGAGAAGGAAAAUGGCUCCCUCGAGGGGAACCGCUUCUCGGGGAACCUCUCCGCGGGCAACCCCAUGGACUUGCUACAGGGUGCUAGCAAAUACUGGCAUUUGCUGAACAACGGGAAAUUAAGCUACUACUUGAACAACGCCAAUAUUGUUAAGAUGUUUCACUCUUUGCCAAAAUAUGACUACCAGGGGAAUGGGAGGGACGGCACAGUCAACGAGGAGGUCUUUCCAGAGACCCCCCUGGAGGAUCAAAACGGAGGCAGCAUCGGUGUUCAUUCGGGUGCUCAUUAUGGGGCUCAUUUCGGUGCUCAUUUCGGUGCCCAUCCAGCUGCCCACUUGCCGCAUUACUCCGACCUGUGCUCAGAACCGGGGAAGACGAAGAGGUGCAACUCGCUUGACGUGGGGGACCGCUCCAAUGGAGUCACCCCCACCGAGGCGAACGCGGACAACCCCGGGGAGCGAAACUACCUUUCGGACAGCGUCCUCCAAAUAAGGAAACGAAAAAGGGACUUCAUGAGGAAGAAUAGCGAAUACGCUUACGCAGGUGGAGUGGCCAAACAGUGGCACUUUCUGCAUCACAGGAGUGAAGAUAAUCACCGAGGAGGGACCAUCCCUGGAGAUUACUCCUCCCAGAGAUAUAGCCCUUCUUGUGAAGGCAUAAAAAGUGAAUACAGAUCCUCCUACCCUGGGGCACGACCUGCUGCCUAUGGGAAAAGGGUCGCGGGAUACCUUUCGCCCCUCGCGAGGAACACUCAUUGUGUUAACCGCCUGGAGAAGUUGAACACCGCCGUGGGGGGGUACCUAGGCGGUCAUGAUGAGGGAAGCGGGGAGGCCAGAGGAGAAACCAAUUAUCGUGAAAACGGCUGCGAAUACCGCUUCGAACCCCGCCUCGAACAUCGCCGUGGUGAUGGUCCCCCCCGGGAGGACACCAACGAUGAGGCCGAGCUGUGCGACAUGCUGGUGCGCAGGCUGCAGAGCGAUAAGUACAAGGGGACCGUGAUUAACCGAAACAGCGUGGACCUUGGGGUGGGGCCCUAUGGGACGUACGGAAGGAGGGGAGCAGACAGCGACGCUGUGGAGGUGAACUAUGAUGAUAACCACCAGCAUAGUAACACCGGCGGAGGUGUAACCAAGGGAAGUGCCACCAACCCAAAUGAGGAUGCACAAAUGGGGAGCAAUUUCGAGGGGGAAAAAAUCCCCCAAAUUAACCGCUUCCAUCACAACCGGGCGAAGAACAACAGAGGAGACAGCCAUUACGAUGCGGUGAGUCUGACCAACCAGCUUAAUGGAGAGAAGGAUGAAACAGUUGUGUCCCACUACCUUCGUUACAGUAAGGGUGGCAAACAAGAGGAGGAAUUGGAGGGCAUGCAGAAUUAUCGUCUCUCCAGUGCGAACAUGCACAACCGAGUGGGUGGGAUGGACCCCAGCUGCAGACCAUUUGAAGAUUUCAAGUCCCUACCAAGUGGGGUAAAGACGAAUAAUGCCUUUUUGGGAAGCUCAACCACAUUCGAAGGAGAGGAUAAAAGAGCUAGUCAACACUCAUACGAGAUGGACCACUUGGCGAAUGGCUACCCGGAGAUGUACCCAAACCAAAGGAGCAGUGACAACCAUUUGCCGAGGAUAUUAAAGAGCAAAUCGCUGAGCAAUUUUGAGAAAAGGCCCUACUUCCAUCUGGACAGAAGUGAACGUAGCCUUCUUCCCAUUAGCAGUAGCAACAUGAGCAUACCGAAGAGCAGCUCCUACAACAGAAUAAACUCAGGGGACUACUUUGAUUUGCGUCGCGGGGAAGUUGCCAGUGGUCACUACCUGCUGAAGAGGAAUGCCAUGGGCAGUGGGGGGGACCACUCCAUGAGGGACAUCUUCCUCAGUAAUUAUUACGCCAAACUGGAAAGUGAAAAAAUCGAUACCUCCAUCAAAAGCGACAUGAACAAAUUAACUUCGGAUGACUAUAUGAAGAUAGGGGAGUACCUCCGGAGGGGGAGAAGGGACCACGCCACGCAAGGAGAUUAUGCUUGCUUAAGAAGUGGCAAUAAGGAGGAGGAAGAGGAGGAAGAGGAAGGGCGUGACAUUAAGGGGUCCAUUUCCCCGAGUGAUACCUCCUUUCUUAGCAGCAGCUACUUUAGUAGCCUCCCCAAUGCGUACUCCUUUGACAAACUGAUGAUGAAGAUCCCCCGAAGUGAAGAAAUGGGGGAGAGCAACCGUAGCCACCCCAGUGAAGCUGACCUGGGGCUGGGAUAUGCCACCCUCCCGCACAUCCCCACAGGAACGAGCAUCCCACCGAAUGAGAGUAAGCAGCUGAAGAGGAACGCCCAAGCGAGCGCGCAGAAAGGCGCCCUCAAGGGUUCCUUCAUCCAGGGCAGAAGGGACGCCAACAGUAGGAAAACUGCCAAGUGUGCCACUCAGGGGAAGAGGACCUCCGACAGUAAGGGUAAAAAUGCCAAGAUGAAGAGCAACGAGGUGGGCGGUGUAGGGGGCGUCGUCGGGGGCGGCGGCGGAGGCCAGCCAGUGAGCGCCUCCACCAGGAGGAGAGCGGCGGACAGGGGCCCGGAGAAGGACCGGAAGAGCAGGGAGAAGCAGGAGAAGCAGGAGAAGCAGGAGAGGUUGGAGAGGCUGGAGAAGCUGGACAAACCGGAGAAGCAGGAGAAGCAGGAGAGGCCCGGCAAGCAGGACGAGCACAACGAGUACAUCACGUUCAGCAUGGACUACAACGAAAACAAGAACAUCAUUAAGGAGCUCAUUCGAAAUAGAGGCAACCUGCUGACCGGUGCCAUCCCCAAGGGGAGCACACUGUCCGGGUCGUACCCCGGGGGGCCUCUACCCCACAGCGAGUCCGCCGAAGGAGGGCAAAUAAAAACGACCAUAUUGAACGCCAGAAAUUUGAAGAAGCACAUCCUGAGCAACCGUGUUAUUAUAUACUCUAAAGGAGUAGCCCUCGCAUAUAACGUUGACGAAAUUAAUGAAAAUAGCAUUUUCUUUUACAGUUUUGAAGAGAGUAACAUUACUGGUAACUUAGGUAAUGGCUCCCCUCUCAACGGGGGAGUCACUAGCAUUGUGGCAAACCACAACGGUGGAGGUACCACCAACAUUAACAGCAGCGCAAAAUACAAAAAAAGCCACGACGAUUUUGCCAAAGAUAUACAGAAGCAAGCCGCAAACAAUAAUAUAUAUUUUAACUACGCUCAUAACAUUAAUUUUAAUGAAAAGAGAAGUGCGGAAAAAAGCAAAAUGAAAAAAGUUACCACCUCUGUGUUUAAUUAUGAUUAUAAAAAACUAAUUGAGCAAGUGGGCCUUUUCAACGACAGCGUCAAAUUGCAGAUACCUCAGCUGAAGUAUAAAUUUAAAAGGUACGCCCAUCUCGAGGAGGAUAAGAAUGAUGGGAAGAAGGACGACGAGUGUAAUGCCACGGAAGGGGGGUCUCCUCACACGAGAAGUGACCCCAGCGCGGUGAAUGCCAAGCUGCACAGUGUAGCCACCCCCAGCACAGGCAGCACUGCCGACGUGAAAAAGAAGGAGAAGAAGAAGAAGAAAGAGAAAAAGGAGAAGAGAAGUUCUCCCAAAAACGGCGGGGAUGACGAGACUGAUGGGGGAGAAUCCACUGGAGAAGCUACAGGAGAAGCCGCGGGAGGCGGCCUCGACGGUGUGCAGUUAACGGACUACGCCGAGGGAGAGACACCCCCGGGCAGAGGCCUCCUCGGAGAAGACCCAAUCGGAAAAGACCUCCUGAGCAACCACCCGGCGAAAAAAAAACCAACCGUGCAGAAAACGCCGGAGGAGGGACCCCCCGUCGGAGUGCCUGCAAAAGAAGAGAAGGGGUCGAGGAAAGCCAAACAGUCCUCCCCACUUGGCAAGAAGCCCUGUCGGCAGGACGCGCCGAGUGGGUUCCCCUCAUUGGGCGAAACUGAAGAUGCAGCUCGAAGCAGUCGCCCCGGGGACCUCGCUCCCCCCGUGAGCAGCGGCAGCAAUGGUGCGAAUGGCAAUGAGGAGGCAUGCGAACCGGGGGAGUCCCAUGUGCCGCCUAAACACCGCGAUGGUGAGAACACAGCGAAUGGCUGGACCGACCCAGGCGUUAAAGAGGACAGCCCCGCCAGCCAACCCAAAGCGAACAAAAAGACGAGCAAAGGGGUGCCCGCGGAGAGAAGCCCGACCAGUAGGGAAACGCCUCGAAAUGAUCGAAGCAGCAAGGAGAAAAAGCCAAAUGAGAAGAGCAAAAAAAUGGUGCCACCUAAUGCACAUAAUAAUAUGGACGAAGAAACUUCAGUAGCCGAGAAGGAUAACAACGCUGUGACGAAUGAACCGGUGGCUAUUGUGGGAGAAGCUGAAGAUGAUCCAGAGAAGAGGCGCGAUCUGGAUGCCCCCCUUGGAAGAAGCCCCAAGGAGAAAGGCGGGAAGAAGAAAAAGGCCGCAGUGAGGGCAGCGCGAGGGCCGGCACGAGGCGAACAGGAAAAGGAGGGGCAAAGGGAGGGGCAAAUAGAUGACCAAAAUGGAGACGAGGUGAAGAUUAACCCCAGUGGGAAGGAAAACUCUCGGGGUAGCAACGAUGGCAAAUGCCCCCCUUCUGACGAAGAAGGAGAAAAGGCGGCGCAUAGUAACCACCAGGGGGACACGCAUAGCGAGGGUGACAUGCACGAGGGCGACCCUGCUGGCAAGAUGAAGAACAAUCAUAAAAGGAGACAAAUAAACCGAACAAGUGACCUGAAAAAGGAGCAACAGCCAGACUGUUUGAGCGCCCCUGUCGAAUCUUCCAAAGGGCGAGAUGAGGACAAGAACGAUUAUAAAGGUGAACCAAAAGAAGUACAGAGGAACGACUGUGGUCGUGAGGACGGUAGCAGUUCUGCUGAGUUACUAGAAAAUAAAACCUCCGGUGAUAUGAUGGAAGGGGAAAGCGAAACAACGGGUGAUCAUCACAAAAAAGUUCAUUCUGUGGAGGGACCCCCCGUUAGUGUGAAGAAGAAAAAGAAAAAUUUAGAUAGCGACAAGGAUAACCUGGGUGGAACUUCCCCCCCAGAAAGUGAAACAAACGUGCCAACGAAAAGGAGGAAGACAGCCGACGAGCAUAUUGAGCGGCCAGAUGAAAAGGAUAACAAAGAGGAGAAGACCACUCCCCCAACGGACAAAUUAGCAGCUGUCAAAAGGGACAGUGAGGAAGAAGAAGAAGAAGAAGAAGAAGAAGAAGAGGCAAAGCAGAAUUGCCGUUCAAAAGACCCAGACGAACGAAGCAGCCAUAAGAAGGGACACUCCCCAGACAGGGAAAACCUAAAGGGGGAAAACAACACCGAGGGUGUUCUGUGGAUUCCUUUGCAAACAGAGAAGCUUCUUCACCGUAGGAAGUCUCGCGCGAAGAAAAUCAUUUAUGAUGACGAUGAGGAUGAAGAGUGCGAAAUGAGUCCCCAGAAGAGCCCCAAUGGGGUACCAACAGCAGCGGCGGGAGAGGAUCCUCGUGGAGGCAACUUGAAAAAUGAGGAAGUCGAAACGGAUACGUCGUGCCAUAAGGAGGCUAAUAAGAGCCACCCAGAAGGGGUAACACGACAGGAGGAAAGUAAUCAUCCGGGUCAUCGUGAGAAAGGUACUUAUCGCAAGCGCAAACUAGACGAACCGCUGAAAGGUGACAGCCGAUCGAGUAGCAAGGGGGGAGAGCAAGUGGUGCAUCCCCGGGAUGAGACGGCCCGUCUACACAAAGUGAGGCAUUCCUCGUAUAGUCCCAUCAGAAUGGCCGACCGUUAUGAUGAAGAGACGCAAAGAAGAGACCAAAAGAAAGAGCACACAUCGAUGGUACCCAAAAGGAUGCAGAAGGAGGAGGAGGAUAACAACGAAUCACCUGCGACGAACAAGAAUGAUUCUUUGGAAGAGGCAAACGAACGGGUUCGCCCUCACGAGCGCGGCGAAGGGGACCCCAGGAGUUACAACAAGAGAGCGAGGGUACACGACUACAAGCACGAUAGAGAUGAUACCGGAGCGUGGCAGCACAACGGCAGGGGGCAUUAUGCAAAGGGUGGUUAUGAGCAGAGCGAAGAGAGGCGAAGUGUGGACGGCCGGGACAGCCGAAUUUCGCCCUCCCCCUCCGUCGACAGGUAUGGAGAUGGGCAGAGCGGCGGGCACAGCGGUGGGCAGAGCGGUGGGCAUAGCGGCGGGCACAGCGGCGGGCACAGCGGCAGGUAUAGUGAUAAGCACAGCGGUGGGCACAGCGGCAGGUAUAGUGAUAAGCACAGCGGCUGGUACGACGGCAGGCAGAGCGGUCGGAACAGCGACCGGCAUAGCGACCGGCACAGCGACAAGUACAGCACCUGGUGGAGGGAUAAGUACUCUGGCAGGUACAGCGGCAGGCACAUCGACCGGUACGGCGAUAAGCACGGCGAGAAGCACUUUGAGAGGGCUGGAAAAUUCGUCCUCUACGCGAAGCACCACUCGGAUAUGUACGACCGCAGGGACAAGGGCUACGCCGGGCACAACGGCAACCCCCCCAGGCACGAAACGUAUACGAGGCAUUUCAACGACUACGAUCACCAUGGGCGGUUUGAAAAGCACAACAGUCUGUAUGAGAAGCAGGACGUGAGUGGGAAAUCGGACCGCUUUGAUAGCCGAGCGAACAAAUAUAAUCCGCGAAGUGAAAGAGUUGAAGAAACUUUUAGGAGACAUGAUGGCGAACAGUUUAAAAACGUUAACUGUGAAAAGAGGCAUCAGCAUACCAACACGACCAGUCGCAACAGCAACCGAAGCUCUCUUAACCGGACCAGCAGCCAUGUGGAAGAUGCGGAGAGGAAGGAGUUCCCGAAUGGCAGUUACAAAAGGGAGAGGGAGGAACGGGAGCGACUCGAAGGGAGAGCGGGCGAACAGGAAGGCGGCAACUACACAAGGUACGCAGAGAAAAAAGGGCGGUACGACUACGCGGAGGGCGGCCACCACAGCGGCUACGAUCGGGGCUACGAUCGGGGCUACGAUCGGGGAUACGAUCGCGGCUACCAUGGUGACCACUACGGCCAUCACAACCACCAGAACCACCACAAUCACCGCGAUCACUACGACCACCGCGAUCACUACGACCACCGCGACCGUCACGACCGCCACUAUCACCGCCACGGCCCCCCCAGCAAUAAACUCCUUAACAAGAGCUACCAAAAUUAG